CACGAGCAAACACCUCGGCGCCUUCAAACGGCCCGUGCCGCCGUCGUGUACGCUCGCACCACCGAGGGCAAGGCGGACACAGUCACUCACAUAUGUGGCAGCUGCUCCCGCUGAUCGGCGUCCUCUUCCUUCUGCUCGCCAACGUGAUCGAGCACGUCUGCUAUCGGCUCAGCUCGCGGCGGGGCACGAUGCAGUCGCGGCUCGAUGAUGGAGUCGCGGCGGCCGAGGAAGACGGCGACGACAGCGACUUUGAGGACGAAAAAGACGCCGCGGGGGCCGCUGGUGCGGCGUCGGCCGAGGCGGUGUCGCGCCAGCUCUUCGUGGCGCGCUGCUGCGGCCUCCUCCUCGCCGGCCUCCUCCUCCUCGGCUCGGCGGCGCACGACGAGGCCAUCGCCUCUGCAGCACAGCUGCCUCCAGCACCUCCCGUGGGCCCGCCGCCUUCUCCGCCACCCGCGCCGCCGCCGCCGCCGCCGCGACCGCCGCCGCCGCCGCCGCCGCCGCCGCCGCUCUGCGCCUCGUGCCUCGCCUCCCCGCUCUCGCCUUGCUUCGAGGACCUCUCCUGCGCCACCAGACGCGGAGCCAUUGGCUGCAACGCGCAAGGCCACCUCACCUGCCGCUUCUGCGGCGAGCCGCCCCUCGUCCCCUGCCCGCUCCUCGGGCCAGCCUCCCCCUCCUCGCCCCCCGAGCCGCCCCUCGCCCCGCCAGACCCGCCCUCACCCUCGCCGCCGCCCUCGCCGCCGCACCCGCCCCCCUUCCCUCCGGUGUGGCCGUGGCCGACUGCAGCCGACCAGUGCCCGCAGCGGCACGGCGCGGCGGGGCCGCGCGGCGACGCGUGGAGCAGCGGCUCGUACCUCGACUGCUGCGGCGGGCUGCGAGUCUCCUUCCGAGACUACCGCUACCUCUGCCACCUCUCGCCGCCCCCCCCGCCGCUCUCGCCGCCGCCUCCUCCUCCGCGCGACGGAGUGCGCUCCUUUUACAUCUACCGCGCCCAGUCGGACGUCGACUACCCGAUCGGCAACCACAACCUCGCCAACCUGCCCGGCGUGCUCAAGUACGUCCACUCCGAGGCGGUCGGCGCGCAUGUGGUCAACGCGCAGUCGUACGACAGCGGCGUGUGCACGCGACACUACGAGAUCUCGCGUAUCCUCCGCUUCCGGCCCACCUCGCUCGACUUCCUCAACCCUCCCCCCUUCGGCGCCGGGUUCGGGCCCUUCGUCGCAUUCGACCGUGGCAGGUGCACCAUCUACGAGUGCGCGACGCAAGCCGACUUUUGGACGGCCCGAGGCGGCUUCUACGUCGGCUGCCAGAAGGCGGAGCAGCUCGGCUACGAGGGCGCCGCCUGGUACUCGCUAGCAGGCAGCUGCCCAGGCGAGGCGUGGGAGCGCAAGGGAGCGGCGUGCAAGCGGCUGCAGCGAGGAGGGGAGUGCGCACACAGCAGGCGACCCGACGGCAGCCCGACAUGCACCUGGCGGCUCCACCCGAUGGGCGAGGUGCGGCUCGACGACCUCUCUCGCAUCUCCGACGGCGGCUACCGGCGCUACCAGGACUACUGCGACGCGGGCCACGCAGAGGUUGGCGAGCUCAACAACGGCCAGCGCCGGUCGCAGGGCGGGGUCUGCUUUUGGGACAAGCCCGGCGACCCCACGGCCAACGCGGAGAGGGUAGCGACGGUGGAGGCCGAGUUUCGGCGGCGGUACCCAGAGUCGCCGGAGCUGCCGGCGACGUACGACUGUCAGUAGGGAGUACGCGGGUGUGCGAUUACGCACGCGUGCAGGCAGUAUUGAGUAUAGGAGCAUCUUGCUUUUUGGUGCUGUGGAGAGAGAGAGAGAGAGCACUUGAUGUGUAACCCAUUCUUGUUGCAUCCUCGACUUCACAGUCCGUUC